AUGUCAUCGAUCACAAGCCCAAGAAGAAGGUCGCCAUCCGUGCCGUUGCAUCAGCAAGCUUCCUUAACAUCUGAAAGAACGCGCCGUGAGAAGAGGCUCUAUGAAGCGUCGCUUGGCGGGUGCGUCGAGUCGUUAGCUCAGUUGCUGCAAGAAGACCGACUCAUCCUGGCUCGGGCUUCUGUCACUUGCUUCGAUGAGACACCAUUGCAUGUGGCCUGCAUGCUCGGUCAUGUACCUUUUGCCAAGGCUCUUUUGGCUCAUAAAAGGGAUUUGGCUAUGGAGUUGGACUCGCAGGGACGUACGCCUCUUCACUGGGCAUCUGCAAACGGAUACGUUGAAAUAGCGAGGGAAUUGUUACAAUCAAACCCCCUUGCAUGCCUUGUCCAUGACGAAGAUGGGUGGACCCCACUUCAUCUAGCCACAAUGAAGGGCCGAAGCAACAUUGUGAUAGAGCUGGUGAAGGCGAGACCGGAGGUAGCUGAGCAUAGGUUGAGCCACGGCCAAACUGCUCUCCAUUUGGGAGUGAGUCAUAAUCGUUUGGAGGCUCUUAAAGUCUUGGUGGAGACGAUGAGAGAUGGUGAUUUGGUGAAAGCUCAGGAUGAUGAGGGUAAUACCAUUUUGCAUUUGGCCACAGCAAACAAGCAAAUAGAGACAGUGAAAUAUCUGCUUCAAAUAAGAGAAGUGGACAUGAACACAAUGAAUAGAAAUGGCUUCUCUGCUCUGGAUAUAGUGGAAUAUUUUCCAAAGGAUUUCAAAGUCAUUGAAUUGAGAGAACUGUUAGUACAUGCUGGAGCUCUAAGAGCCAUAAGAUUCCCUGCAUCGACAACUCACCAAGUAGUUGUUGAUAACAGAAAUGAGGAGAAUUCAACUGUUGUAGUUGACCUAGCAUCUGCAGCACUUCCCUCCACCAAUACUCCUCCAUUAGAGGCGGUUCCGCCACCAUCUUUCUCUGGGAAAAUCAGGAAGCAGAAGGGAGACAAACACGAGAAAUGGAUCAAGAAGAAGCGCGAUUCUCUAAUGGUAAUGCUUUAG